AUGUUUAAUGACACACAAAUUAUACAAAAAUAUUCAUCUGAUGGAAUUAUUUUUGUAAUUCCUGCUUAUCGUUUAGGUGUUUUUGGUCUUUUAGAUUUAGGGAAUGAUAAAACUGUUAAAAGAAAUUUAGCAAUGCAUGAUAUAAUUUUUGCGUUAGAAUGGGUUCAAAAGGAAAUUCACAAUUUUGGUGGAAAUAAUAAAAGAAUUACAGCAAUGGGAAAUAGUGCUGGUGCUUCUGCUUUAGUUUAUUUAUGUGGUUCUCCAGCUGUAAGGGAAGGAUUAUUUCAGCAGGCAUUUAUUAGUUCUGGAGUUCCUUUUUUUACAAAAGAUGCAAAUUUAAGACAAAGUUUUGCUCUUCUAGAACAUUUUAAUUGUGUUCGAGAUAAUUCAACAAACAAAACAUUUUCUGAUAAACAAAAAGUCAAAUGUUUACGUAAAAUAGAUUCAUUAGAUUUAUUACGCCAACAACAAUACAACGAAAAUUUUAAUAUUGUUUUUAGUGGACCCGGGUCAGAUACAGAAAUACUUCCCUUUGAUAAUUAUGUACAUUUAUUACGAAAUUGGAAGCCAAUUCCAUUAAUGAUUACAACAACAAUAGUUGAAUUUGAUCGUUGGUCAGAUGAUAGAUUAGACAAGGAAUGUUUUAAAGCAACAGGAACUUUUGGUUAUUAUUCUCUCCAAUCAUAUAAUGCUUGUUUUGAUAGAUAUAAGGAUGAAUUUAAUAUAUCAACACAUAUGCGUGUUUCUUAUGAAUCAAUACAUUCUGAAGCAUUUUUAGCCUCCUUAGUAAAUACUAGAUUUGGGGGAAUUAGUUAUGUUGGUGAAUUUGAAAUUGCUAAUUAUUCAAAUCAUGCUAGUGAUAUGUAUUUCUUUAUUGGUCUUCAUCCAAUUGAAUUAAACAGAACUGAUUUAAAAUUAAUGAAUAAUUAUUAUCCAAAAAUGGUUAAAAAUUUUAUACGAGGACAUUCUCCUGAUAAAAGUUGGAGACCUCAAACUUGGAAUGGAAGAAAUUAUUUUCGAAUAACUUUUAAUGUUAGCGACAAUAAUACAAUUUUGGAAGCACCUCAUAAUGUUGAUGGAUAUCAGGCAAUUUUUAAAUAA